GAAGAAUAUUUUCGAUUUUGAGCCAAGAAUGAACAAGUACAUCAUUGUGUUGUUGGUAUUUACACCAUUUUGUUGGUCUGUGGAAAAAAGAUCUGUACUUGAAUGUGCUGAUAAAAUUACAAAAUGUGUCAAUCAACUGGAAAAUAAACUGAUCGGAUCUACUCUAACAGAUGUACAAUCUUGCAACUUUUAUACUGAAUAUUUUAAAUGUCUAAAAGCAGCAAAAUCUAAAGACUGCCCAGUUCCUAAUCUCAGCUCAGCUCAAAAUGAAAUCAAUAAAUAUUGCAAGAGUGGAGCAUCUAAAAAUCAUCUUGAACUGACAACCAUUUUCUUCAUUUUUGGAUUAAUCAUAAAGUUGGUUAUCUAAAGUGAUAUGAUAAUAUACAUUUUAAAUAUUAGAUUAUAUAAGCUUUCUAACAUAUUUUAAACUGAAACUAUUGGCUUGCUAAAGGUUGGAAUAAAAGUAUUGGUAUGCGGAAAUUUUUUGUUUCAUCAAUUAUAUAUCAAAGUAAAAUAUCAACUCCGAUAUGUCCUAUGUAUUGAGUAAAUGAGUUUCUAGUUGUAAACAAGCAAGUAGUCGCCAUUUUGAAACGCAUAAAGAAAGAGGUGUUGAUAUUAAAAGAUAAGUCUUGUGCUGACAGCAGCUAUAGAUAUCAAGUAGUGUAAAUAAUUUGUAUAGCACAAAAUUGUCAAUGUUUUAAAUUUAAAGAUCUUGAAUGCAACUAGAAAAGGUUCUACUUGUUUAAGUAAUUUUGGUGAUUUGGUAAAUACUUCAGCAGAAGGAAAUGCCCCAAAAACAAAUGGAGAAGCAAAAUUCAAUAUCCAAUUUCCUGGAAGAAUUAUAGAACAAAAAUUUUUUAUUACUGCAAAAUGUCUUAUCUGGGGAUGAGAUCGAAAUCUAUGUUUAGCCAAAUGUUAUUGAGGAUGGUGUUAUACUGUUGUCUUUAAGUUUUUAAAUUCAUUUUUAAAGUUUUAAUUCAAUAUUAAGAAGCUUAAACUCGUCCCAAUAAAUAUGCAAUAGAAUUUUACUGAAAGUGACGCCAUUUAACGACAUCUCAAAAGUAUGGAAGCAGUCGCGCAGUUAAAAUUUAUCGAAUUUGUGGUUUUAUUGGAUAAAAUGAGUAUUGCAAUAAUCAUAUUGUAAAAAUUAGUUGUGUUUAUUCAUCUAUAUAUAUUUGUGACCUCAUUCUGAUGACAAAAGCCAGACAUUUUGUCAAUUUAUUGAAAAACUAAGGUAAAACAACAAUAAUGUCUAUAUAAAUUGUAUACAAUUGUAUUCUGAUAAAAUAUUAUAGGAAUUUCUGAGAAACUUCUUCCAUUGAUCAAUGAAUACUUUAUAAGAUUUUGUUUUUCGCUUAUAGCACGAAAUUCCUAAGAAUUUCGUAUAAAUUUUAUUUGAUAUUCUUUUGGUCUCUCACACCGUUCUAUUACAUUCACUCCCUUUUAUACUUUGUUAGUGUCACUUAAUUGGGUGUUUGACUGUGCUCAUCUGUAUUGCCACAUUCAUGCCACGUUCAUGCCACGUCGUUAUCAACGAUGUGGCAUAACAUCAAGUUGGACUGUCCCGACUCUGGGGUAAGUCAAACUCCCUUCUUAAGUGACGCUCAGACACUGACACUCGCACACUAACACACAUUCACUCAUAUCAUGUAAUGUGAACGGAACGUUAGUAUAUAACGUUCUGUUUAAAUACAAUUUACCAAUCAAUCAAUUAAUUAAAUAUACAGUAUAUAAAGAUAAACUAUAAAAAAUAGUUUUCUCAAUAUUUUGAUGUGUAAACACAGUUUGUCAAUAUACUAACUGUUCAUUAAGAAAUGUAUUCUCUUUGUAACUGGAAAUUGCCAAAGAAACUCAUAAAUCAAUUAUCAUAAAGUAUUUAUAAUUUAAGAAGAAAACUUUUGAAAUGAAAUUCCCAUCAUUUCUCGUUGAAUAACAAUGUUUGACAACAAGAAGGCAAUUUAUGUAUUAUUCAUAAUAAUUUCAAUUAUGAAUGUUUAUUCUUCUCUUCAAGCAGAUGAAAAGCUUAUUAAUAUUGCUUCAAAGUUGAAUGGAGCUACUUGUCAAGCUAACUCUGUUCAUCCUGCUUAUUCAAAAUUUGAUUACAAAUGCAACAAUGCACUCACACCAAUUUGGUUUAACAAUAAUGACUGGGCAGGAAAUUGUUUGGGCGAAUUAUGCAAUUCAAUGCAGAUCACAAUAUAUUUUAAAAAAAUAUACAAUAUAGCUGCAAUAUGCUUUGUUAGAAGAAUUGUAGAUACAUAUAUCUAUAGUAAAGAAGCGAGAGUUUCAUUUAGUAAUUGUUCUGAAGAAAUCUACAAUAUAAAUUCUAUAAAAACUUGUGUCUUAGUAAGCAAAGAGUCUGGAGAAAAUAACUCUUUUAUUACAAUUAAUUUUAAUUCAUCAACACACCAAGCUAUGAAUUCUGGUUUUAAUACAAUUUUUGUCUAUUCAUUUAGCAAUGAUACUAGCGACAUUGAUGAAAAUGUAUUUAUUAAUGUGGCAGAUAUUGAACUUGGAGCAAGUUGUGUCAGUUCUAGUUCACAAAAUGGUCAGGAAUGUACAAAAGCCUUAAAUAGAAUAUUUAACAACUAUUGGACACCAGCCUGCGGUCUGUUAGGACAACCAACUUGCAUUGGUCAAUAUAUAAAUAUUGUUUUCCCUUUUCUAUCCCAACCUUACAUUUACUGCUAUGCCAACAGAUAUGAUAAUAACGCUUAUAUAAAGACCAUGCAGUUGGUAUGGAGUUCUGAAUUUGUUGAACAAUUAACAAAUUUACCUUCAGAUAUAUACCACCAUUGCUACAACUAUAAAUAUAGACCAACUAUUGAGUCAUCAGUCAAUAUUACAAUAACAGAUGUUUAUUCCCAUAAUUACAUUGGACUGAACUACUUUAAAGUUUUUACAAAACAGAUUGAAGAGAAUAUUUACUCUAUUCAAAGUCAAUAUGAUGUUUUCUAUCCUCUAGAUCAACAACUGUUUGAUAAUUUUAUGGCUUUUGCAUUCAAAGUGAAAGGUGAGCACACCGGACAUCCUGCUGAUUGUUCAUCAUUCAUUAUGAGUUUUAGUGAUACCUCAACAAUACUUUUUAAAUUGAAUAUUGAUAAGAUUGCUGAGAAUGUAAAAUCAUCAUCAAUCACAGUUUAUAAUUCAAUGAAUGCGAAUAUUGUUGAAUUUAAACAAUCUUCGGCACUAAUGAGUUGUGAUUCCUGGAGUGAAUUUUGGAUAUUAUUGACUGAUAAUCAAAUCAAAUUUGGAUCUGGUUUAGCCUAUGAUGAGAGCAUAUUGGCUAUCAUAAACACAUCAAUAAAUUUGAAUAUUAAACAAAUAUCUUUCAAGAAUGGUGAACAUUCAAUUAUGAACAAUAUUCAAAUAUUGGAUAAAGAGGGAAGAAGGAUACUGCUAUCUAACUUUCCACAAUGUAAUAAUCCACAGAUUUCUAAUUUUCUGGAUAAGAAUUUAGCUACGUGCUCAACUCUGAAGGCAAACCCAAUAUAUUUUGAAUAUCAGCUGACAAAUGCAAAAGGGAAAAUGCUGUUUGUGAAAAAUUCAAAUUUGGUAAUGAUAUUCAAAAAAAAUGUCGGAAUUGACAUGAAUAUUGAUAUAUAUAUUACUUAUAAGAUUAAAAAUGAUGAUUUAAAUGAUAAAAUUUGUCAACUGGAAAACUUUUCUGGGAAAAAUCAAUAUCUUGUGUACAAUUUCGUUUGUGAACAUAUUGAAAAAGUAGAAUCAAAUGUAGUUUCUGUGAAAAUUUUUCAAAAUAGUGUUUCAGAAAUUCAUGAAAUAUUUCUUUGUGAUAUGUUCUUUGAACAGUAAUGUCUUAUACUUUCACUUUGAAAAUAUCUAAAAUAAAGAAAUAAAUAUAUUUAAGCUGAUUUAGUUGAUCGAAGAUGUUGAAUUUGCUUAUUUCUGAAAUGAAGCAGAGAGAACAGGGCUUAGAUCAACUUAUUACCACUCAAUAUCUUACCAAAAAUUAUUAUUAUAUUAUCAUGUGACUAUUCAGCUGAUAGAAUUAUGUAUUCGUUUGAUAAAUAUAGUCAUAUAGCCCCUAAAAUAUCAUUAAAUUAAAAUGGUGUAUUGAUAACAGCAGAAGGUGUAAAUAAUGGAUUUGCUAUGAAUCCAUUAACUGAUGAUCCUAUAACUUAUUUUGCUUUUGUAUUUAAUCAAAC